CGCGUCGCGUCGCGGCGCUUACUGGGGGCCCGGCUUUCGCCCGCUGCUGCCGCCGCCGCCGGCCGCGGCUGCUCUCCCAAGAUGGCGGCUCCUCCGGGCGAGUACUUCAGCGUUGGCAGCCAGGUGUCGUGCCGGACGUGCCAGGAGCAGCGGCUGCAGGGCGAGGUGGUGGCUUUUGACUACCAGUCCAAAAUGCUGGCUCUGAAAUGUCCCUCUUCCAGUGGAAAGCCCAACCACGCAGACAUCUUGCUUAUAAACUUACAGUAUGUUUCAGAAGUGGAAAUAAUUAAUGAUCGAACAGAAACCCCUCCUCCCCUAGCUUCACUCAAUGUUAGUAAGCUUGCCAGCAAAGCACGGACGGAGAAGGAGGAGAAGCUGAGCCAGGCCUAUGCAAUCAGCGCUGGUGUCUCCCUGGAGGGCCAGCAGCUCUUCCAGACCAUUCACAAGACCAUUAAAGACUGUAAAUGGCAAGAAAAAAACAUCGUAGUCAUGGAAGAAGUUGUUAUUACACCCCCAUAUCAAGUGGAAAAUUGUAAAGGCAAAGAGGGGAGUGCACUGAGCCAUGUACGCAAAAUAGUUGAAAAACAUUUUAGAGAUGUGGAAAGCCAAAAGAUACUGCAGCGUUCACAAGCCCAACAACCACAGAAGGAGGCUGCCCUGUCAUCCUGAGUCCACAAAUAUGGAGGACUCUUCCAGCAUCCAGCCACAGAGAUGGUGGUGGUGGUGGCGGCUUCGGCAGAGGCAGGCCGGGGGAGGGAAGGGAUCCUAUAUUUCUUGCUGACUCUUAUUAAAGGGUCAGUGUUUCAAAAAAGAAACAAAAACAAAAAAAAAAACAAACAAAAACCUAGACUUGAACAAACACCCAACAAAAAAAGAACAAGAGAAUAAUUGAAAAGUUGAAUCAUUACUUGACUAACAGACUUUGGCCCACCAUGUCCUUUUUACAGCCCCUUCUGGAGCAGUCAUCUUGUUAGUUUUAUUUUUGCAAAUUCCUUUUCACUCUGCCCUUCAUCUAUGACUUUCCUUUCCUAGUCUGUUUCUGCCAUUUUUGUUUUUAUAAGUGGAUAUACUUGCCUUCUGAAUGAUUGAAAGAAACUUUUACAUCUUUUCUUCCAAAAUAAAAGUAACAAGCUGACUGUGAUUCUAAAGUUGAGACCAGAGCAGAAGACAGAGGUCUCACUUUAAAUUUUUUCAUUUUUUUUCUUUGACUUUUUUUUUUUUUUUUUUUUUUUGCACAGGGCAUGGCUUGAAUUAGUUUUAUUUUUCUUAACUUUAAAUAUAUAUAUGGAAAUAUAUAUUAAAAUGUUCUCUAAGUAUUUUCUGCUUCUUGCAGGUCUCUUUUUACUAGAUCAUGGCCACUCUUCCCACCUCUGAAAACAAAAAUGUGUUGUCCUUUCCUCCACCCAGAGCCUGACGGUUAACUUGACUUAGUUCACAGCGAGGAUCUCCUGCAGCCCUGCAGAGCCAAUGUGCACAUGGGAUUUGGCCUUGAGGGUCCUGAUGGCUUUCUGGUCUUUAACUGUAUGUACCUGUCUCACAUUUGGUCCCAACCUCAGGACUCCCUCUGCCUUUGUCUUCAUGGUACUAGACGAACUCUCACCACUCUCCACGCGGGAGUCAGCGCCCUUCCCCCUGUGCCUCUGCAGGAAGAACUCGCCUGCCUGGCACACCUCAGCUCUUCCUCCUCUGGGCUGAUUUUCUCUUCUAAGAAACCUGGACUCCAUCUGCCCUGACCUUUCUUAAGUCCAUGUCCAGAGCCUCUAGCCCAGGAAAAAGCUUGAAUAACCUCUAGUUUCUCUUCUACCAUUCUGCUCUUCUGCCCCGUCCUACCCCCUGAAAUCUUACAAGCUAAUGACAGUUUGUAUGUGCUCAGCCAAUGGGCAGAAAACCUGGAAAGAAUUUCUGGACUUUAGCCCACCAGUUUGCCUGGUCUGACUAACCUGCUGAGAGCCGAAACUGGUACUUGUUGCCCCUGCACCUCCCGGGUAGCCUCGUGGGGCAGAGUGCCAUCACCUGAAUAUCAGGCACUGAGUGGACAUGGUGAUGCUCAUGUGACUGGCUAGAGCUUUGGGGGUAGGGUGGGGCUAAAUUUUUUUAUUUUUAUUUUUGGCCAUGAUCUCUUUUCCCUUCCUUUUUUUUUUUAAUUAAAUAAAUGGAUCAAAAUUAAAUAAUUCAAGCCCUGCCUUCAAAAUGGAAAGAACUUUUUUUUUUUUUUAGUAUUGUUUAGCAAAAACAAUAAAACCCAGAAUUUUUUAACCAUCA